AUAUUUAAUAUUUCAUAUUUUAAUAUCUUAUUUAAUUUAAAUUUUUAUAGAGAAAGCUUAAUAAAUUAAUCCGUUAAAAGCUAUUUGAUGAUGUAAGCAAUAAGUGUGCAGCUCUCGUAUAUGAGCCAUCAUUCCUCCCAUUCUUGUAAAGGAGGUAGAUAAAUAAGUAUGUCGUAUCUGUGUGAAGUGUGAAAGGAAGAACUUGUUGCUGAAAGCAAGGACUUUAGAGGGUCGAACUGUACAGUGUGUGUAUUUCUAUAUAUAAUGAUACAUAUGAUGGUAUUGUAGAAGAGGGGAUUGCGUUCCACGAAUAUACUAAACUCCACUUUCUUAUACCUGAAGAUGAGGCAAGUCUCUGAGGUAGAGUCAGUGAUUACGUGGACGUGAUCACGGCUUUAUGUUAGUUUGACAUAUUCGCUAUUUGUAAUUUUAUUUUAUUAAGCAAUAUGACCAAAGAUUGGAAAACUAUUUUUGUAACUGGAGGUGCCGGUUACAUUGGAAGUCAUUGCAUCGUCGAACUUUUAGAGAGUGGAUAUAAUGUUGUUGCAAUAGACAAUUUUGCUAAUAGUGUUACUGAAAAUAGCGGCGAAUCCGCAGCUCUUAGAAGAGUGGAACAAAUUACUGGGAAAAAAGUUAUAUUUUAUAAUUGUGAUCUCAUUGAUCGAGACAAACUUGAAACAGUUUUUAACAAGCAUAAAAUAGAUUGUGUAAUUCAUUUUGCGGCAAUAAAAGCGGUUGGUGAAUCAAUGCAAGUACCGUUGCAUUAUUACCGAAAUAAUAUCAUCGGUGCCAUCAAUUUGCUAGAGGUAAUGAAAGUUGCUGGAUGCUUUCAAUUAGUAUUUAGUAGUUCUUGCACUGUGUAUGGCGAACCAAACGAACUUCCAAUUACAGAAGAACACCCAACGGGAAAUAUUACAAAUGUAUAUGGUAGAACAAAGUAUUUUAUUGAAGAAAUGCUUAAAGAUAUAUCAAGAGCUGAAAAGAAUUGGAAUAUCAUUUCACUAAGAUAUUUCAACCCAGUAGGUGCUCAUCAAAGUGGUUUGAUUGGAGAAGAUCCCACAAAACCGUUUACGAAUUUAAUGCCUUAUAUAGCGCAAGUAGCUUUAAGACAUAAGCCUGAACUCGUCAUUUUUGGAGGUGAUUACUCUACAAAAGAUGGUACAGGCAUCCGUGAUUAUAUUCAUGUCAUGGAUUUAGCUGCUGGUCAUGUAGCAGCUUUAAAUGCUUUACACAAACGACAUUUGAGGCUAAAAAUUUAUAAUUUAGGUACUGGUAAAGGAGUGUCUGUACUUGAAUUAAUUAAAACUUUUGAGAGUGUCACAGGAACAACGGUGCCAUAUGUUAUAAAACAAAGAAGAGAGGGUGAUAUUGUAUCUAUGUAUGCAAAUACAGAUUUAGCAGAAAAAGAAUUAGGAUGGAAAGCUAAAUAUAAUGUUGAACGCAUGUGUGAGGAUUUCUGGAGAUGGCAAAUGAUGAAUCCACAUGGUUAUCGUAGUUCAGUAAAAAAUGGUAUUAGGGAACAUGUAAAUGGCACUUUAUAAUACUGUUACUUCAUUAUUAUUAAAGAAUUAUUAAUUUAUGAUAAUAAAAAGUGUAAUAUAAAAUCAA